UUUGUAACUCACCUUCCCGAGCACAAGAUUCCUGCCGAAUUUUCGUGUACGAGGACCUGUUUCACCCAACCAGCAACGUAGCAUUUAUAAGCCUCCAAGCUCUUAAAGUUUUUCAAACUUUCGUGAGAAUAGGCUGAUUUUGUGUGGACAAGAUAGUUGUAAAUAUCAGGGUCAGGCAAAGACGGCGAAGACAGCGGGUCGAAAAACAUCGAUUUAGGCAUCAAAUAUGGAUCUGGCGAAUGGAUGAACUGAAGCUUUUCCACAUAACGCCUUUUAUGCAACGCAUCCAAUGAGUUUACGGCGUCAGAUAACACCGGGGCUUCCAUGAAUUGCUCUAUAACUUGCACGACUAAUUGAAAACAAUGAGAAUAGGUCUAAAAAAUACGGACAAUAUGGCGGCCGGAUACAGCGACACGUCAUUUUGUGACGUAGGUGAGUAGGGUCUAUAUCGUUAUUGGGGAAAAUACGUGGAUAAAAAGAAUAUCCUGUAAAAAUAUUGGAGUCGAGAGACUGAAACAAUGACAUUUUGCGGCUCUCUUCGUCGCGUUUUCCUCGUUCUGAAUAAUUCCCCCUCAACGGGCUGAAUAGUAAAACCGAUGAGCCCAGUCUACCGCUGACGUCAUCCACCUGUUGGGGACGCUAAAGCCCUAUAAUGGUAGGCGUGGCUAACCGGCAGAUUAAAAAACUAAUUUCUCGUCAUCUUCUCUUUGCUAAAUUGUUGUAUAUAGUCGAAUCGUCUCAAAAUAUGAUUGUAAUUCACAUAAUAAUGCCAUUUAAGACUUUUUUCUCCUGUCGUAUGCUCUUUAAGUGUGUUGGAAUAAUGCAAACAGUUAGACGGUGCCUACGAGAAAAGGUAUUAUGUCCUUCAAAAUGAAUAUCACUUUGCUGCCCCAAACUUUCUGAAAAAUCCAGUGGCAGAAUUCUGUCCAUCACGUGAGGAAGUCGAGCAGCUGUUUAACUUGGGCUGGCGGUGACGUCACUUCGCCGUUCCGCGCUUUGAUUGGCUCGCUCUUGUGCAACUGCGUGCACUUGUAUCAACUCUGGAGUCCGCCAGCAGUACAAGCAGCGGCGGCGGCAGCAGCGGCAGCUCCUCUAUCUUCUUCUCCUCUUCGCAUCGCACCACGCCGUCCUUCUCCAACUUUUCUUCCACAAACAAAAGAUGCAACGCUGCGCCAGGUCGUGGGCCGUCUUUUCGGCCAAAGCCGUGCGGGCGGCCAACCGGAGCCGCGCCGAGUUGGACCGGGGCCGCUCCGGACUCGGAGCGUCCCUGGCAACGCGCGAAGUCCGGACCACGGCGGCCGGCUGCUCUCGGCGCAUCGAGCGGAUCCUACCCCGGCACGACGACUUCGCCGAGCGGCACAUCGGGCCAGGUGAGCGGGAGAAACGGGACAUGCUGGACGCGCUCGGACUGGAGUCUAUCGAGCAGCUGAUCGAGAACACGGUGCCGUCGUCCAUCCGCAUGAGGCAGAGCAUGAGGCUGGACGACCCCGUCUGCGAGAACGAAGUGCUGGAGUCACUGCACAAGAUCGCAUCCAAGAACAAGGUCUGGCGUUCCUACAUCGGCAUGGGCUACUACAACUGCUCGGUCCCCCCGCCCAUCCAGCGCAACCUCUUGGAGAAUGCCGGAUGGGUAACUCAGUACACACCCUAUCAGCCCGAGGUUUCCCAAGGCCGUUUGGAAUCGCUCCUCAACUACCAGACCUUAAUCUGCGACCUUACGGGCCUGCCCAUGGCUAACGCCUCGCUGCUGGAUGAGGGCACGGCGGCCGCCGAGGCCAUGCAACUCUGCCACAGACAGAACAAAAGAAGGAUCUUCUACGUGGACCCUCGAUGUCACCCUCAGACCAUUGCGGUGGUGCAGACCAGAGCCAACUACAUCGGGGUCAAGACGGUGCUGAAGCUGCCCCACGAGAUGGACUUCAGCAAGAAAGAUAUCAGUGGCGUUCUCUUCCAGUAUCCAGACACUGACGGCCGGGUGGAAGACUUCACCGCCCUUGUGGAUAAGGCGCACAAAGGAGGGGCCCUUGCCUGCUGCGCGACGGACCUGCUGGCCUUGUGCGUGCUGCGCCCCCCUGGCGAGUUCGGUGUGGACAUUGCGCUGGGAAGCUCCCAGAGGUUCGGGGUGCCUCUGUGCUAUGGGGGUCCUCACGCCGCUUUCUUCUCCGUCAAGGAGAACCUGGUCCGGAUGAUGCCUGGCAGAAUGGUCGGUGUCACUAGGGACGCCGCAGGAAAGGAAGUCUUUCGUCUGGCGCUGCAGACCAGGGAGCAGCACAUCCGCCGAGACAAAGCCACCAGCAACAUCUGCACAGCUCAGGCUCUGCUGGCCAACAUGGCCGCCAUGUUUGCGCUCUACCACGGCCCUCAAGGACUCAAACACAUCGCAGAGAGGACGCACAACGCCGCUCUGAUCCUCGCCGAGGGUCUGAAGAGGGCGGGACAUAGGCUGCACAGUGAAAUGUUCUUCGACACGCUCAAAAUCAGCUGCGGCGUGGCUGCCAAAGAUAUCCUGGAGAGAGCCGCCCAGAGGAAUAUCAACCUCAGGAUCUACACUGACGGGGUGUUGGGCGUCUCGUUGGAUGAGACUGUAACCGAAAGGGACCUGGACGACCUGCUGUGGGUCUUUGGUUGCGAGUCCUCUGCCGAACUUAUAGCUGAGAAAAUGGGCGAGCGGAUGAAAGGCAUCAUGGGGAGUCCUUUCAAGAGGACUAGCAAGUACCUGGCGCACCAGGUCUUCAACAGUUACCACUCGGAGACAAAUAUUGUGCGCUACAUGAAAAGAUUGGAAAACAAAGACAUCUCGCUGGUCCACAGUAUGAUCCCACUGGGUUCCUGCACUAUGAAGCUAAACAGCUCCUCGGAGCUAAUGCCAAUCACGUGGAGAGAGUUUGCCAACAUUCACCCGUUCGUGCCUCUGGAGCAAGCUGAGGGCUACCAGAAGCUCUUCAGGCAGCUGGAGAACGACCUCUGUGAGGUGACUGGCUACGACAAGAUUUCCUUCCAACCCAACAGUGGCGCUCAGGGAGAAUACGCCGGCUUGGCGGCCAUUAAGGCCUACCUCAACUCAAAGGGGGAGAGCUCAAGAAGCGUGUGUUUGAUCCCUAAGUCUGCGCACGGCACAAACCCGGCCAGCGCUCAGAUGGCAGGCAUGAAGGUGCAGGUGGUGGAGGUGGACAAAGACGGCAACAUCGACCUGGCUCAUCUCAAAGCCCUGGUGGACAAGCACAAGACCAACCUGGCGGCCAUGAUGAUCACGUAUCCUUCCACGUUUGGCGUCUUCGAGGAGCAAAUCCAGGACGUGUGCGAGCUCAUCCAUCGGCACGGUGGCCAGGUCUACUUGGACGGCGCCAACAUGAAUGCCCAGGUGGGUCUGUGUCGUCCCGGAGAUUACGGCUCAGACGUGUCUCACCUCAACCUUCACAAGACAUUCUGCAUCCCUCACGGCGGCGGAGGACCAGGCAUGGGGCCCAUCGGAGUGAAAGCCCACCUUGCCCCGUUCCUGCCCAGCCACCCGGUGGUCUCCAUGGGUUCAGUGGACAGCGGUAGCUCCCUGGGCACCAUUAGCGCCGCGCCCUGGGGGUCCAGCGCCAUUUUGCCCAUCUCCUGGGCCUAUAUCAAGAUGAUGGGCGCCAAGGGACUGCUUCACGCCACAGAGGUGGCCAUCCUUAACGCCAACUACAUGGCCAAGAGGCUGGAGGGACACUACAAGAUUCUCUUCAGAGGAGCCAAAGGCUUCGUGGCGCACGAGUUCAUCCUGGACGUCAGGCCCUUCAAGAAAACUGCCAACGUGGAGGCCGUGGACGUAGCCAAGAGGCUCCAAGAUUACGGCUUCCACGCGCCCACCAUGUCAUGGCCGGUGGCGGGAACACUGAUGAUCGAGCCCACCGAGUCGGAGGACAAAGCGGAGAUGGACCGUUUCUGCGACGCCCUGCUGGGCAUCCGGCAGGAGAUCGCCGAAAUCGAGGAGGGCAGGAUGGACUCGCGCGUCAACCCGCUCAAGAUGUCACCUCACUCGCUGGCCUGCGUCUCCUCGUCCACCUGGGACAGACCUUACUCCAGAGAGUUUGCCGCAUUCCCCUUGCCUUUCAUCCGGCCCGAGACCAAAUUCUGGCCGACCAUCUCUCGAAUCGACGACAUCUAUGGCGAUCAGCACCUGGUGUGCACCUGCCCCCCUAUGGAAGUCUACGAGUCCCCGUAUGAGGAGAAGAGGGCCUCCUCAUAGGCCUUUUCCGCUCCUUAAGUCCAGAAAAAGUCCUCAAAUCGUCAUGAAAAGUCACAUUUGGACAUUGGAAUCUUUUUUGCUUCUUUCAAUAACUUUCAAAUACGGAAGCGUAUUGCUCCCAUACCAAUUUUUUUUUUUUUUUACACAAGUUAUGUCUUCACAUUCUAUCAUGUAAAAAUGUGAUACGAUUAUGUAAAAACAUAACAGAAAAAUUGGAUUACCACGUAAUGACCUGAUAACACAUGUAAAAAAGUGCUAUCACAUCGAAACGUGAUAAAUGUCAUGUAAAAAUGUUAUAACUAUCACGUGAAAAUGUGAUUAGCUUGUAAAAAGGUGAUCCUAUUGUGUAAAAACAUGAUAACUAGCAUGUUUAAAUGUGACAACUAUGUUAUAACGGGGUAACUAUCACGUAACAUUGUGAUUGUUAGCAUGUGAAAAAGUGAUCAUGUAAAAUCAACAUAAAAAUUGGGUCAUCAUGCAAAAACGUGAUAACUCAUGUGAUCCGGGAUAGUUAACAUGUUGAAAUGUGAUAACUACCAUGUGAAAAUGUGAUCAUUGACAUGUAAAAAUGUGACAAUAUAAUGUAAAAACAACUUUAAAAUGUGCUAACUAUGCAAAAACUAGCUAUCAUGUUAAAACGGGAUAUGUGGUACAAAUGUGAUUCGCAUGUAAAAAUGGGAUUGUAUUAUGUCAAUACGUAACGUAAAAAUUCUAAUAUGUAAAAACGUGCUAACGACGUAAAAACAAAUAUGAAAUUAAAAUGUGCCAGCUAUCAUGUUAAAACCUAUUAUGUAAAAACGUGCGAUGUCAUAAAAACUCUUGUAAAAAUGUGCUAUCAGAUUAUCACAUAAACAUCUUAUCAUGUAAAAAUGUGAUACGUGAGGUUUUUAUUUUGUAUGUGGCAGCAAUACGCUUCCAUAUUCAAAGGGACCAAAGGUGCAACAGUUUUUGUCUUUGAAAAACAAAAUCCAUCGCACCCAACAACUUUGACAUUUGUCCAGAACGACAAUUGUUUUUUUCCUUGUGCCUCCCUUGUUGCUGCCUUGACCUUCCCUUGUUUUUGCUCCUAAGAUAACAUGAUCUUGUAUUAGCCUGCUUCAUUUCAUUGUUUUAUCAUCUCAAUUUGAUAUAGUCUUCCUUAAGUUUGAGACCUUUCACGUACCUCCAAACACAGUACAACUGGACUACUGCCAUGUGUUUCAAUGGUUACUACCUAACCUCCAUUUUUUUUUUUUUUUUUUUUUUUGCUAAGAAAACCAAAUUAUUAAAUGAGACUCAUGUUUUAAAUGUCUUUC